CCAGGCUGAGGAAAAUGGAAUGGCUGCUAGAGAGUCUGCUUGGGGAUGACUGGGAUAUGGGGAUUCUCUGGGGCCAGUUGACCCAGGCCCUGGCCUGCAGGCACUGUGGCAGCAGCUGCUUCCAGAGUCCAGGGACUCUGGUGACACUGUUCUUGUUCAUGGUUUGGCAGAUCCAGAGGUGGUGGCAGCUUGGGAAGUGGCAACAGCUUCAGCCCUGGUACUCUGGAGACAUGAUGCAAGGCAAGGACCUACCUCUCCUGCACCGCUGGGCAUUCCUUGAUCGCCUGUGGAAGCACACAUCAGAGGAGGAAGAGGAAGAAGGGGAUGAAGAGGAGGCAGAAGUGGCAUCUCUGAAUCACCUGAAGGCAUAUUCUCUUCCCCAAGAAGCUCCUAUUGGAGAGGAAGCCACCACAGGCUCAUCCCGGACAUCCUGUGGUUCUGAUGAUGCCUACAAGACCACAGGAACACCAGAGCAAGUACUCAUGCAGACCCCAAACCCUUCCAGUUCCUUCCCCAUCUUUCAGAUACUGACCAACCUGCCUGCGAGGCACAAUGGAGUCUCAGGGAGGUGUCUACAGCAGCAAAAAAGUCAGUUCUUCUGGGGUUUCCCCUCUCUGCACAGUGAAUCUUUGGAGGCCAUCUUCCUGAGCUCGGGUGGCCCCUCUCCCCUGAAGUUGUCUCUUGGUCUUUCUGUUUUCUUCAACAAGUUUGCUUCCCUAUCUGGGACCAACCUGCUGUUUCCCCGGGAUUGUUUCCCAACUCAGCUACCUACCCAUGAAGCCCAUACUACAGAAGAUCUGGAAAGGAUGGCCCUAGAUCCUCAGCAACUUCCCCUUUCCUCUCCCUCUCCUGUCCCAUCUCUACCCCUCCAUUUAAAACCCUUUCCCAUGGACAACAAGGGAGUCCUAUCUGGCCCUGAGGCACACACUCAAUGGCUAAGGCAGCAGAGAGAGGUCCUUCGGGUCUCUGAAGAGCAAGCUCUGCACCCACAGCCUAAACUCCAAAGAACCAGAAAAUCCAAGCUCUUCACUUCACCUGAGGUUCAAUGGGGGGUGCCAUGGGAUCUCGGUCUCCAACACCACAUUUUAGAGCCACUCUCUGCCCCUCCGUUUUAUCCCUCUAGCCUUCUAGUCCUGACUGGAUCUGAGGUCCCAUCGAGGACUAUGGGGCAAAAUGAGGAUACCAAAGCCUCUGAGCCACCAGUGCCGGCUCCCAACCCAGUCUCCCUGCCUGAACUCCAGGAAAUCAACCCUAUAAGAGACCUGUCUGGAUCUCAGGCCCUCUGGGAAACCACUAAGCAGAGAAAAAAAAUUCAUACUUGUGAGCCUUCAAUCCUGGCCACUUGCCAACCCAGAGCCCCUGUGACAGGGCCUGAAGGAAUUAAUCCUUUGGGAAUGCCACCUGGAUAUGAGACUCAGUGGGGAAGCAUCAGCCAUAAAAAGAAUCUUCAAGUCUCUGAGGCUCCAAUGCCGCCAACCCCCUGCCAACCCUUAUAUUCUCUGUCAACGCCCCAGAAAGUCAACCCUGAAGGUGGAUGUUUUGUACCUACAGACUUCUGGAGAACUGUGGGACAUAAAGAGACCAGUCAGGUCUCUGGGUCUCCAAUGCCAGCCCUCCCCUCUCCCCCAGACCCUUUAGCAGAGCUCCAGGGAGGCAGACCCCUGGGAGACCCAUUUGGAUAUAAGUCACAGUGGGGAUGCAGAGAAAAUUCAGGAAAGCCCUGGGCCUUUGAUCCCCUAGCCUUGAGCCUCAACCCAGUGCUCCAUGAAACCAGCCCUGCAUGUGUCCCAUCAAUAUCUGAGAAUUCAGGGGAGAGCAUACAAGGCAGAGAAAUUCUUUGGGUCUCCGUAGACUCAGUGUCAUCUCCCAACCUCCCCUCAGUCUCUCUGCUGGAGUCCCUAGUAGUGGGUCCCCAGGGAGUCCUGUCUGAGUCCAAAGCUUUGUGGGACAGCACAGGGCAGAGAGAGAACAGCUGGACCUCCCAGUCCCCAGCACCUGCUCACAGCCCACCUCUAGAUCCCAUUCUAGAAUCCCCCAGAGUCAGUGGUGUGGGAGGCUUCACUAGAUCAGAUGCUGCCAGGAAGGACACUGAACAUUCCAGCAAGUCUGAGCCCCUAUCUCUGGCCCUCAGCUCACCGCUGGCUCUUACAUUGGAGUCCCUCAGAGUUAGUUUCUUAGGAGUCCUGUUUGAUUCUGAGAACAGAUGUGGGAACGUACAAGGGAAGAAGAACCCUUGGGUCUCUAAGAUCCCAGAUUAUAGUUUACUCCAAAACCCAUAUGACACAAGUCCCUUGGGAUUACUGUUUGCUUCGGAGCCUGUUUGGAGGGACAUGGGGCACAAAGAAAUCAACUGUGUUCCUGUUUCCCCAGCGUGGGGCCCUAGUCCACCCUCAAACUCUAUGUCAAAGUCUGACAUAAGUGAGCCUAGUAACCGUAAGCCUGAGGGGGAAGCAAUGAAAGAGAGAGAGAACUCCUGGGCCACCAAGCUCCCAGCCGCAAUUCCCAGUUCAGCUCCUUUACCAAAUCCACACACUGACCUGGCCUUUGUAAAUACGCAACACAGAGCGAUUCCCCAGGGCUCCAGCCCUCCAGCAGUGGAUCUCCUGAAGCCAACACCCUGGCUUCCCACCCUACCUGACACGCUGAAGAUUGAGCCCCAGAAGAGUGGCCAAACCAAGGGAACACCAUUCCCUGGAGUUAAAGCAGAGACUCUACCCUCCCAGGGAGAGGCUGUCCUAGGGGUACCCACCCACUCUGGGGUCCAGGCUUGGCACUGGAGCACAGAGCUGGAAGCGAGGCUUAAGAAACUGCAGCAGAGUCCUGCCUCCAGAUCUCCUGGCCCAAGCCAGUCAUUUGGCAGCUGCCCUGCCCUGAAUUCUACAACACCAGGCUCCAGGGGACUCUCUUCCUGUCCUCCCCAGCAGACUAAUGCCCCCAGUAUGUGCCCCCACUCUUCAAGCUGUCAUCUCCCAAAAGUUAGGAGCACAGUAACUCAGCCUGUCCAGGCCUCCCACUGUCAUCACCCCAACACCUUUUCCCAAUGUCAACUAGGAGGGUCUGACAGGGCAAAGCAAGGGUCCGAGAGAAAGGAAAAUAUGAAGGCAAAAAUGGUGGUCCAGGUCUCAUCCCAGAGGCCAUGUUGCCACAUGAAGGCUGGUGAGAACUGCCCAGGUCUAGGAGAGCCCUCAGACCUUAAGGUUCCAGUCUCAGGUAAGAGACAGGACAAGACUUCCGCCCUAUCUUCAGCCAAUGAAAGAGUGAGCCCCAGGAGACCCAAAGAAAUAGACGGAGGAGGGGAUGCAAGAUUAGGGUCAUCCACAGUUAAAGGGAAGAGCCAUCCAACUCAGGCCCAAAGACUAGUGGAAGCCGCUGCAAGCACAAUUUCCCAAAGAUCUCACUCCAGGGGCCAGAGCUCUCGACAUACUCUGCCCCAACUGCUUAAUUCCAAAGUUGCAGAUUUCCAAGAUCAGCGAGGGGCAGGGAUGGGAGCUGGUGACACCCCAAUACUGCGACACUGUAAGCACUGCCCUUGGGCCCACAUGAAGCAUCGCUCCUCCACACCUCAGGAUCCCCUAACCAGAGGUCUCCGACGGGUGAUAGCCAAAUUUGUGGGUACCAAUGGGCCCUGCUCACCAAGGUCAGUGAGCAGAGAAAAGGCUGGUAGUACUGGCACACAGUUAUCCCAAGAUGUGAAUUCAAACCAGUUUGGGGGUGGGGGGAAGAGACAAGCAGAGUAACUAAUAAACUAGGUGAACUAGGCAAAUCCCACUCAUUUUGUUUGGAAUCUGGGGUACUAGAAAUGUCAAUUAUGUCUGCAGCAACAAGCACUCCAAUACCUACAUCAGAAACUUGUCAUCCCUGAUACCUCUGCUUCUCACUCCCUGAUCAUCCAACUGUCAGUUAUAUCCAUGAACUGUUAUUUCAAAUUCAUCUUCAUCUCUCUGCCUCCAACAUCACUGUCCAACAUCUUUCCCCAUCAAAUUGGUUGCUUUAUUCCAUCUAAUCUAUUCUCCACAUAGCUACAAUUCUCUGCAUAUCAACUGACCUAACAAGUGUCAUUUGAGUAAAGGAACAAAACAGAUGCAACCUGUGGUCCUAGACUGGAUACUCAUUUGGUCAAAAGUUGUGAAUGACCUAUUUGGGUGACUUGGGAAACUCCACAGUGUAUCAUUAAACAAAAACUGAAAGGAAAAGGUGGAAAUUAUUGGCUAAAAAAGUUACACAGCAAUAAUCUCAUUUUGAAUUUAAAGUUAACAUGUAUAGACACAUUUACACAAGUGUAGAUUCAGAAAGAUAUGAACUACCUAUUACACUAGUGAUAUUUUUAACGUUUUGCUUACAUUCUCCUAAAUUUCAAUGUUACUGCUUCUAUAGUUAAAAGGUUAUUUUAAAAAAUUGUUUAUGCACAAUGCAUACUGUGGUUGACACUACUACUAAAAUUUUUACAAUAAAAAAGUGAAUUGUCAGACACUGAAAUCUAUCAUC